AUGGCCGGCCUCAGGAUGAAGUUCGUCGCCGUCGCCGCCAUGGCCGCCGCGCUCGUGGCGUCCGCCGCAGCCGCCGAGGCCCCCGCACCGGCGCCGGCCUCCGACGCCGCCGCCGCCGCGCCCUCGCCGCGGCCUCCCUCGCCGCCGCCGCCUUCGGCUACCUCUUCUGCUAGAUCCGCGCUGGUGGAUGCGUGGUUUUCUGCUUGA